AUGAUCAACUUCUACCGGACACAAAGGUUCAACAACUUGGCCACCAACGAGUACUACCAAAGGGCCAUUGCCGAAGCCCCCGAAGAUCAGCUAGCACCGGCGUUCAUGGCUUAUAUGACAGCCAUGCAUUCACAGAUGAAUGCAACGCUCCAAGGCGUAUAUCGCUCGGCUGGUGGUCACCCAUAUACACCCCAGCCAAAUAUGCCGCAGGCUAGAUCACAGAACAACGGCUACGGCAGAUCUCCCAAUGGCUCCCCUGGACUUGGCUCUUCUCGGUACGGUCCCGCCGGCGGCUUUCCUUUCAAUCAGAGGAAGUAA